AUGGACGACAUACUGGGCAGUAUUUUAACGUAUUUUCUGACUGGGUCUACUAUUGAAGGUCAAGCUUACCGUAAAAGUUUAUGUGGUGGUGUGCACGACAUUGACAUAAUGAUUCAAUAUGGUGAAAUUAAUCAGUCAGAUGAUCUAAUACCAGCAUACGAUAAACAAACAAAAAAAGUUAUAUCCCGGUUUUAUAUUGUGAAUUGUAUCAACGGUUUUAAAUUGAAACAAUAUCACUUCUAUACGCAUACAACUGAAAAUAUACGUACAUAUGAAAGUAAGACGGACUCAGCAAGUGCAAGUGCAGAAGUUAUCACAACUAAUCAAGGUGUAUCCCCAUUAGCAAAAGAAUUCUAUGUGUGUUUGAAACGUGUUCAACUUGAAUCAUCAAUCUUGCAGAAUGAGCGACGUCAAAAUUUUUAUCUAGUGUUACAGAAUAUGCGGAAACGAGCACAACCAUUGAUUACAUUACUUCAAACAUUUUGA